CCUGGCUAGCUUGGCGUCCAGUUAGCUGCCCCGGGGCAGACCGGGUCGGAACGGCCGCGUGCCCCUUCCGGACGCAGAGAGCGCGCGGGGCGCCGGCUCCGGCGCCGCCGGUUAAAGUGUGGAGGAGCAGGGGCCGGGCCCAGCCGCCCGCUCCGGGCCUCGACUGUCGGGCCCUCGGCCGAGCCGCCCCGGACCAUCACAAAUAGUGCGUGGGCCAGCCUCGGUCACAGAGUGCACUGUAUCCUGUCCCUUCUGGAUGUGAGGACUUUUCCAGUACAGUACUGAAAAGGAGUGGUUCAAAGGACAUCCUUGCCUUGUUCGUGGUGUUAGUGGGAAAGCUUUGAGCUUUUCACUACCAGGGAGAAUUGAGUCAUCUCAUUCCCCUCCGUGGAUCAGAGGACUGGGCUAGAUAGAAGCAUGUGGUGUCUCCUACGCGGCCUGGGCCGGCCCGGAGCCCUGGCACGGGGAGCCGUGGGGCCCCCAGGUGCCCGGACCCUGGCCAGCGCGAGCUCCGAGAUGCGGGACGAGUACAGCUACGUGGUGGUGGGUGCGGGCUCGGCGGGCUGCGUGCUGGCUGGGAGGCUCACGGAGGACCCCGCCGAGCGCGUGCUGCUGCUGGAGGCGGGGCCCAAGGAUCUGCGCGCCGGGAGCAAGCGGCUCUUGUGGAAGAUCCACAUGCCCGCGGCCCUGGUGGCCAACCUGUGCGACGACAGGUACAACUGGUGCUACCACACGGAGGCGCAGCCGGGCCUGGACGGGCGCGUGCUGUACUGGCCGCGCGGCCGCGUCUGGGGCGGCUCCUCGUCCCUCAACGCCAUGGUCUACGUCCGCGGGCACGCCGAGGACUACGAGCGCUGGCAGCGCCAAGGCGCCCUCGGCUGGGACUACGCGCACUGCCUGCCCUACUUCCGCAAGGCGCAGGGCCACGAGCUGGGCGCCAACCUGUACCGGGGCGCCGAUGGUCCGCUGCGGGUGUCUCGGGGCAAGACCAACCACCCGCUGCACCGCGCGUUCCUGGAGGCAACGCAGCAGGCUGGCUACCCGCUCACUGAGGACAUGAACGGCUUCCAGCAGGAGGGCUUCGGCUGGAUGGACAUGACCAUCCAUGAAGGCAAACGGUGGAGCACGGCCUGUGCCUACCUGCACCCAGCACUGAGCCGCACCAACCUCAAGGCCGAGGCCCAGACGCUUGUGAGCAGGGUGCUAUUUGAGGGCACCCGUGCAGUGGGCGUGGACUAUGUCAAGAAUGGGCAGAGCUGCAGGGCUUACGCCAGCAAGGAGGUGAUUCUGAGUGGAGGUGCCAUCAACUCUCCACAGCUGCUCAUGCUCUCAGGCAUCGGGAAUGCUGACGACCUCAAGAAACUGGGCAUCCCUGUGAUAUGCCACCUGCCUGGGGUUGGCCAGAACCUGCAAGACCACCUGGAGAUCUACAUUCAGCAGGCAUGCACCCAUCCCAUCACCCUCCAUUCAGCACAGAAGCCCCUGCGGAAGGCCCGCAUUGGUCUGGAGUGGCUCUGGAAAUUCACAGGGGAGGGAGCCACUGCCCAUCUGGAAACAGGUGGGUUCAUCCGCAGCCAGCCCGGGGUCCCCCACCCGGAUAUCCAGUUCCAUUUCCUGCCAUCCCAAGUGAUUGACCAUGGGCGGGUCCCCACCCAGCAGGAGGCUUACCAGGUACACGUGGGGACCAUGCGGGGCACAAGUGUGGGCUGGCUCAAACUGAGAAGUGCCAAUCCCCAAGACCACCCUGUGAUCCAGCCCAACUACUUGUCAACAGAAACUGACGUGAAGGAUUUCCGUCUGUGUGUGAAGCUCACCAGAGAAAUUUUUGCACAGGAAGCCUUCACUCCGUUCCGAGGGAAAGAGCUCCAGCCGGGAAGCCAUGUUCAGUCAGAUAAAGAGAUAGAUGCCUUUGUGCGGGCAAAAGCCGACAGUGCCUACCACCCCUCGUGCACCUGUAAGAUGGGCCAGCCAUCUGAUCCCACCGCCGUGGUGGAUCCGCAGACAAGGGUUCUCGGGGUGGAAAACCUCAGGGUUGUCGAUGCCUCCAUCAUGCCCAGCCUGGUCAGUGGCAACCUGAACGCCCCCACCAUCAUGAUUGCAGAGAAGGCAGCUGACAUUAUCAAAGGGCGGCCUGCACUCUGGGACAAAGACGUCUCUGUCUACAAGCCCAGGACGCUGGCCACGCAGCGCUAAACAGUUGCUGCUGGAGGAUGACUGGGGAAGCCCCCUGAUGAGCCAAGAGGGCCAGCACAGCCCUUGCUCCCAGGCUCCUUCCAGAAACUGUAGCACCCUAGGAUCCAGGUGGCUGAGAAUGGCUGCUUAUCACACCUCUCCUUUUAUCCCUACUCAGUGGCUGAGAAUGGGAUAAACUCUUGGGAAAUGAGACAAAUACUGGGCAGUGGAUCAAGCUCCUUUUCCCCAGACUUUCCCUGUGGGCUGCUGGGGAAGGCCAGCAUUCAGGCUGAGAUGCUCCUCCCUGCCUCGUGGAGGGACAGCAGGGGAGGAGGGUUAACUCCUGCCGCAUCCUUUGUCUUGUGUUCACGUGGCAUUCUCUAACCCAGGGGAGUGGUUCCUUCCUAGGGCAUGCACAGAAGCUGGGUGCCUGCCAGAUGUGCACAGGUUCACCAAGGAAGGGGCAUCCUCCUCCUUGAGCUGCAAGCUUUAGCUGAGGCAGAGAGUCACACAGUAGUUAGUUCAGCCUGGGCUGGCACAUAAGUCCCUGGUGUCCCUGAUCAGAGGGGAAAGUUGCCUGCUGGCAGAAAAACUGGCUUUCCCUUUCUUCCUAAUUUCACUCUUAGAGUCAGGCAGGUAACUGGGGCUCCGCUGGGUCACUCUGAAAGGGUUGUGGCCCACCUCUCUGAAUCUCUGGUUCUUAUUAAACCAGAGCCAGGUGUAGUGGCUCACACCUAUAAUCCCAGCACUUUGGGAAGAGCACUUGAGCUCAGGAGUUCAAUACCAGCCCGGGCAACAUAGUGAAACCCUGUCUCUGGGGAAAAAAAAAAAAAAAAAAUUAGCUGGGCAUACUGGUGUACACCUAUAGUCCCAGCUACUUGGGAGGCUGAGGCAGGAGGAUGGCUUGAGCCCGGGAGGUCGAGGCUCCUGUGAACCUUGAUCGCACCACUGCACUCCAGCCUGGGUGAGAGACCGACCCUGUCUCAAAAAAAAAAAAACCCUGAGAUUUUUUGGACCUUAUUCAAGGAGACAGGAAUCUGGAGGGAAUGCCACUUGGCUUCACUACCAAAGGUUUCAUGACUUAACAUUUUAAAAGGGCUUCCUUUCACCAAGAAAUGCAGAAACCCAGAGCAAACCCCACAUACCGGAUGACUGCUUCCUACUGAAGCAGCUAGUCUGAGAAAGGACUGUCUCAUAUUGGGCUUGGGAAAUGAGUUGGCAGCCCGAGCUGCCCCAGCAGUGGACAAGGCUGGUUAAUUCUUAUUCUCUAGACGUGCACAGGAACAGACCAGGAUGGAAAAUGUAGUUAAGCGCAGUUAAGCACAGCCAUGCACACCCUGUUCCUGUAGAAAUGCCACUGAAAGAAAAAUUCAAGAUUGGAGUUUUGGAGGAAAAAAAGACACAAGUAGCAUUUACAACAGCUCUUUGCUCUUUAAAUUUCUUACCAUUCAAUAAAGUAAUCCAGUCACUUACAUUUGAACUGAGAUGCCUUCUCCAGACUGAUCCGACGAGGUAAUGAACAUGAAAUGCACUAGGAUUCUUCCAAAGACAUCCACCGUCAAGGGCUGGGAAGAAAAGUUGUGUUACGUGGAAACCGCUGUACUAGGCCCAGAGUAAGGACAGGAGCGAAUUGGGGGAUUCCAGGCUUUGCUGGGAUCGGAAGGUACUAAGGUGGCUUAUAGACAUUGGGGGCCUGACAGCCACUACUUAGGUUUCUGAGAAAAACCUUCUAGAAAGGCAGAAUGGAAGAAACCCAUCACACCUCUCCUUUUAAAAAUCUUAAGCAGCUCUUGUUUAAUCUUACCUGUAUUUUUUAUUCCGAGAGGAUCAAGAAAGAAAAUUCUAAAUCUGCCAAGACUUAUUUCUCCUACGGAGGGUCCCCAUCUGCCCCACAGCAGCAGUCCAUGGCCAUCAGUCACCUGCGUCUCGGGGCUGCCUGCAGGAGUACAGGAACAGCAGUUCAGGUGCCAGUCCCAGGGCUCGGAGGGCCUCGUGCAGCCCUCCUGCUGGAGCAUGUGUGGACUCGGGAACGGGAUGGUCCCGGGCCAGCCAUGACUCUGCUGACCCUUCUUCUUUGGAACACGUAUGGAUACGGCAGGGUGACAGUCAUUUAGUUCUAUCUCUGCGUCCCAUGGUGUGUCAGCCUGUGAGACCAUGGUUGGUUCAGUCCAGUGGCUGUAUUUUAAAACAAGCAAAUUGUCAUGUGGUAAGAGGAGCUCAUUGGGAGUGCUGCUCAGUUGCACCAGGCCCUUCUCUCUGAAAUACUUAGUCAUGUUCUAUGCAGUCGUACAAUUUGGCCAUAAACAGAAAUGAGAUUCAAAAGAAAAGAUGGUGAGUGUCACAUGUCCAGAACCUGAGAGUUCCCCUGCCAUGAGGGGAGCCUUUCACCCCAGGAGGAGAGGCUGUCAGCUGAGAAUGCCGGCAUGGGGAGAAAGGAACUUGCUACAAAACGGGGUGCACAGAGUGUCCCCCCAUCUUCGGUCUCAUAGGGAAUCGGGCCCCUUGGG